AUGAGAUAAUUUGAAAAUGUACAUCAUAAUGAUGCAUUACAACUUGUGAGGAAUGAAACCUCCUUAUAAAUAUUAAAAUUCAAUACAUUCAAAUCGAGAAAAAUCAAAAUUUUAAACCCUUAACUGGAGCUUCAUCAGAAUAAUUAUGGGCCUUAAAGGGUAUUUCCAGAAGAAAUUAAGACAGACUAAUUGGACUUAUGGAAAGCGUACUCUGUUAAACUAAUGAUAAACAUAUGUUAAUAUCAGUUUGAAAUGGUUACCUAAAAAAGAGUUUAGAUGAAAGGAUGUUUGGUAUAUCUAAGCAAGAAGGGGAAGAAAGAAUUUGAUGAGAGAAACCCUGGAUACUUAAAAAAAAAUCAUAAGGAUAAGAAAAGAUCAAAGAAUUUGAUUAGAAGAAAAUGAAUUGGACUAGAUUGAGAUUCAAAGAUCAUAAAGUAAUAACUUGAGGUACAGGAGGAGCAUAAAAUUUUGAAAAGGUCCAAUUAAACGAAGAUUAAAU